AUGGCACUCCCGGCGUCGAGCUCCGGCCUCUUCCGCUUCGUCUCCCCGCGCAGCCGCCCCCAGUCCACCGACAUCGUGUCCGCGGCCUCCUGGGGUGUCUUCGCCGGCACCGCCGGCCUCUACCUCGUCCAGGUCAGGAUCCAUCGGCCUGCUCGCAUCUCGUAUCCGACGUUAGCUAUUCCGGUGUAUGGACCGUGGCUCGCCCGGGUAGAAGGCUUGUAG